GAUAUGUUUCACUGAAGAAUAGAAAUAACUAAUAAUAACACACAUUGCAUUGAAUACAAUAAUAUGAAAUGAAAAAAACACACACGAUAAUCCUUUAAUAUAACAAUGAAGAAGUCGAAGAAGAAGAAGAAGCAGAAGAGGAAGCAUACGUUGAGGACGAUGCAGGAAGACGCAAAAAAGGCAACCUACAAAUUGGAACCAUUAUUUGAGCGCUAGAGCAAAGGGAGAAGGAAACGGCACAGCAGGAGGAGAAGUGGCUAGAGAGAGAGGGUGAGGCUGGUUUCGCAGGAGGGAGAUUUCUGGUAAGGAGCAGGUUACAUCUUGAGAGGCACAUCCUUUUUCAGGCAUGAAACCCUAACCCCAACAGCAGCAGCAGCAGCAACAGCAAGCACCGCUACACUAUGGCUACAAUAAUCGGGCACCAAAAGAAGGAGGAGCAGGAUGCGUUGAUCGGUUGGCGAGGCAACGAGGAACAGUAAGCAAGCAGGCCGCGCAGUUGGGAAUCGCACUAUUCCUUCUCCCCAAAUCCCCGGAGCGAUCGCAUUAGGCAGUAGGCGACCCCAAGACGCGGCGACGCACACGUCCGAUCUUUUUGGCGAACCUUCGCGAAGAUGAUAAGAUAGUGUGCGGUGUCGGGGAUGGAAUGGAUAGGAGAUUCUCAUGCAUGCUUUCCUUGGUCAAUGCGUAUAGCGAGGGGAAGGCGUGCGCCUGUUGUUCUUGUGCUCGAUGCUUAGCCGAAGGAAAAGCGGGACAAGUUGGAUAACAUACGAUUAUUAGUACUAAGUACACACAUACACAAACGCAAACGGAGUAAAUUGAGUGUUGGUAGAGAUCCGCACACCCGGAACCGUUGUUGGCGCAUCAACAUCGUGUGUAGUAAAGCAGCGAGGUGCAGGCCGCAGGGCACCGUGGGUGCGCGUGGGUGUGGUUUGUGUAAUUCACAAUUUCUAGAAAGUUUUGUUUUUUGUCUUUCUAAUACACCAUGCAACUCUCAACCACAUGCGCAUAUACAAGCCAAAAAAGGCGACACGAAGGUGUGUCCUCCCUGGCCAGCAUGCUACAGAAGAACCGCCACAAAGCGGGUGCUGUCUGUGAUUUUUGGUUUUGGCCAGAAAUUAUCCAUCCAUCGGGCAACCGGCGGGCCAGGAACACAGGAAUGCGAGUGGGAAGUUGUUGAUUCCCAAACAGUAAACCCCGAACCAGAGCAUCUCGACGAACAUGCGUGCAUGAGGCGCACGCACUAUACGCUUUGGAGCUAUGCGCGUUUGCGCACGAUGGGUGGCCCUAUCCUCAAAUCCCACUCGCGUCGUGCUAACUGGGCACUGCGCUAUCUCACGUAGAAUGCUUCAAAAUAGCGAUCACCAGCAGCAGUCGCAUAGAAUGUGUAUUUUUAGCGUGUUUUCCGCGCUGUGGAGUCCGCGCUGCGUGACUCUGCUGCUGCUCACCGUGAAAACGGUACGCGCGGCCGCCAUGCACCACGUGGUGUGCUCGGUCGGUCGAUUCGAUGGAUGGUUCGCAGCCAGGGAGGUGGGACCGCUGGCUUUUUAGAUUCUAGGUUGAAUUGUUUUUAUUCCUUCCCGUUUUGUUUGUUUGUUUCAGAACCGUUUGCAUUGCUUUUAACACAGAGUACAAUAGAUUUAACGAAGCAGGAGCCAAAAGGGAGGAGCAGCAUAUACUGGCAUAAAUUUGCAAAUUAUUCAUACUACUACAAUUAUCGAUUGUUAGUUACUAAAAACAGAGGAAGAGAGGAAGACAGGCAGAGAUGAGAUGAAAAUGGCAAUGAAUUUGGGAGCAGAGAUUCCGCGAUCACCGGUUAAGUUGAAGGAGAAGGAGGAGGAUGAGCGGUACACCCGAAUGGUGGGAACACGCGAACAGGAGAAGGUGUACUGGCUCGCAACAUCCGGGGUCGGGCAGCGUAUAUUACCAGUAAAUCAUAUUAACAUGUAAUCAUUUAUCAUCUCGCUAUCUCGCGCCGUUUUUGCAGUUUUGAAAGAAUGGAAGGAGACUGUGUAAAAGUCCAUAGUUUGACCCAUAGACAUUAGACACACAAACAUUACGUACAUGAUUAUGGCCGAUUUUUCGGGAAGAGCAAAGUGGAUCGCGAUGAGUGUGUUUUGUUAGAUUACAACCAAAUAAUAAGGGCAAGCGAGAGAGAGAGGGAGAGCGGGAGGAGAGUUGCAUAUGAACUUAACAUUGAAUUUAACGAGGCGUGAGUUAAUAACGAGUGAGAAAGCCAAACAAACAGCAGCAAACUCUCAUCACCACAUACACACAGAAACAGUCAGUAACAAAACAGCAGUAAGCAACACAGUACUACCAGUAUAUCAUCAAACCGCGUGUACUACUAGAGUUGAUAGAACGUGCCAGGUGUGAAAACACGGCGUAAAAGCAGGACAGCGCAGGGAUGCCAAGCAGCAGCAGCAGCAUGGUGCAGCAUUAAGAUUUGUUUGAAGCACCUAGUAAUGUAGGGGAAAAACGGGGACACGAGGUUUGCCUGUGCGAGGGCGAGGGCAGAAACAAUAGCUAGAGUAAAGGAGCUGGAUAAAAAAAAGAUGCCCAGAAAAAAAACAAAGAGAAGAAUAACACAGUAAAAGUAAAUGCUCUAAUACCAAUGUUUAAUUGCAAUGUGUAGUGUACGGUGGAGAGCAUGCGGUGUUGCGAUCGUUUUCGAGAUCAAAUCAAGAUUGAAUCGAGAGCAGCGCGCGUAAACCACUCAUACCAUACAGAGCACACGUGCCAGCAGCAGAGUAGUGGCAGGACGAAUAAAAAAAAAACAGAAAAACAGAAAUCCACAUCAUCAACCCACAAACAAUAGGAAACAGCAACUGUGAACCGGCUAAAAGGUGGUGUGUGGUCGAACCAUCCAACACGCCACACCCAACAUUGGGCAAGUGAAACAUUUAAGAACAUAAGAUGAAGAACACGUUGACAACUAAAUAACACACGUAGAGAAAGCAACAAGGCAGUCAGUAAGACCUAUUUAGUAAUGUUUAAGCAUGAUCAAGUAAUGAUAAAGCAAGCGCCCCAAAAAGAGGGUAAAAGCGUUAAAAAGCGUAUCACACACUCGCAUACACAUGGCAGAAGCAACAGCAGCACAAUGAUGAACGAUAAGAGCGUGCGCGCGUGUACCGGCCGGCAAACAGGCACGUGGGUCGUAAAAGAAUCAAUCGGAAAAACAGCAAAAUCUAUCGAUUGCGAUACGUUAGCGUGCGGCGGCGGCGGAACUGGUGGGAUUCGAGAAGAGAAGACCGAUUGUUUAAGCAGUAAAAGGAACCAACCAAUCAACCAACACACAUAAGCAACAGAGGCAGCAGCUGUAGCGGGCGGCAACAUCCAACGCCCCACAACAACAACAACAACGUGAGUCAGUCAGCUCAGCUGAACAACAAUGAUGCCGCUAUACUACUUGUUUCCAGCAGAGCAGGGUCACAUCAAGACCGCAGAACAACGGAAACUAUGUCGAAACUUGUGAAACAUAACCCAAAGCGGAGAAAAAGGUACCAGAAAAUCAAUAAAAAAAUCGAAAAAUUUUAA